GCUGGCGGGGCGGGGCGGGGCGGGGCGGAGCGGGGGUGCGCCAGCCCGCGGCUCUGCGCGGCGGGGGGGGAGCGGCGGCGCCGCCGGCUGCGGGCGGUGGCGGCGGCUGAAGGGUAACGGCGGCGAUGGGCGCUGAGGGCUGAUCGGUAAAGAUGGAAAGAGGGAGAGGAGGAGGAGGAAGGAACCUGGGAGGCUCUGGCUUGCACAGGAGCAUUUAUUCCCAAUCCCAGCAGUACCAGUACCCGGCCUCCUCGCAGGGGGGCUGCAUGGAGAUCCAGGAGCUGGCCUCCAAGAGGGUGGACAUCCAGAAGAAGCGGUUUUAUCUGGACGUGAAACAGAGCUCCCGAGGCCGCUUCCUGAAAAUUGCCGAGGUCUGGAUAGGAAGGGGCAGGCAGGACAACAUCAGGAAGAGCAAACUGACCCUCUCCUUGUCGGUAGCCGCGGAACUGAAGGACUGCUUGGGGGACUUCAUCGAGCACUACGCCCACCUGGGGCUGAAAGGGGGUCCCGGCCACCGGCACGAGCACAGCGAUGACAAAGAGCAGCAUCCCCGGAGGAGGCAGCAGCACCCGCCGCCUUCACCUCCGGCCUCCGUGGGCUCCGAAGAGCACGCCCACAGCGUCCUCAAAACCGAGUACAUUGAGAGGGACAACCGCAAGUAUUACCUGGACCUGAAGGAGAACCAGCGCGGCCGCUUCUUGCGGAUUAGGCAAACCGUGAGCCGGGGACCUGGCGUGAUGGGUUAUUUCGGCCAUGGCUUGGGACAGGAGCAGACGAUCGUCCUCCCGGCGCAAGGGAUGAUCGAGUUCAGGGAUGCUUUGGUCCAGCUGAUUGAAGAGUACGGCGAGGGCGACAUAGAGGAUCGCAGGGGGGGAGGCGACGACCCCCCGGAGCUCCCCGAGGGCACCUCAUUCCGGGUGGACAACAAGCGCUUCUACUUCGACGUGGGAUCCAACAGGUACGGCAUCUUCCUGAAGGUAAGUGAGGUGAGGCCACCCUACCGUAACACCAUCACAGUGCCCUACAAAGCGUGGACACGGUUCGGGGAAAAUUUUAUCAAGUACGAAGAAGAGAUGAGGAGGAUUUACAACAGCCAUAAAGAAAAAAGAAUGGAUGCCAGAGGGGACAGUGGUGAAGAGCAAGAGGGUCUCGAAUAGAGCGCAUUGGACUGGCCGUCUGGUAAAAGAUAACAAAACAAGCAGAAAUCGGUGAGAGGGACUGACUUGUAGUAAUUUAAACCCACCCCUUUUUUAAAAUUUUUUUUUGUAAAGUCCUUUUUCCGGUAGUUCUCGCUAACUCCAGUACGUAAUGUUAUCUGGUUAUCACGUUAAAUUACGCCCAAAACAUCUCUGUAUGUCUUAUGAAAGUACCAACCUCCCGAGUCUGUAUGAGUCAGCCGCUUUGAGUGUUGAAGGCUCUGGAAGUACACGUAUCAGCACAAAAAAAAUCCGGCACUCUGACCUUUAAAUAGUCCAGAUAAGGCUUGUGUUGCACUUCAACAUGAUACGAAAAGAGACCCAAACCAAACCUUGUGCUGACGUGUAUCGAUUUCUGCUUAUGACGGGUUUUUGGGACUGAAUUCUGCCUGUGCUCGGUGAAAAGCCACGGGGCAUUUACAACAAAAAUCAUCUCUGUGCGAAUUGCUCGUGUGUGUCUGAGGAGAGGGAGAGGUUUUAAAACUGGCGUCUGCUGGUUGCCGAGUCUGAGACGAUGAUUUUGCGUGGGUAAAACCUCGAUGACUGGUCAGACCUUCCAAACGUGCUGGUAAAGAGUGGAACGUUUGUUAUUUAUUUAGUACUUAUGGGCUGACCUGAGUAUCCCAGGAGGGCAAAGUUCUGCUUGAGUGCUAAGCCUUCGAAAUUAAUGGUGAUGAAUAAUAACCCACUCCUCAUCUAAGUGUUCUGCCCACGCGAGGCCCAUGAGGUUUUUUUGUUUUUAACGCAUUCGUCUGAAAUUCAGAAGGUAUUUUUGUACUGGGGGUGUUGUGGGCUCCAGCUGUGGAGCGGGUGCGCGGAGGGACGGCCGCGACCGGGGCUCCCGGCUUCUCGGCCAGUCGUGAGGCGAACGCGGUCACGAUGUUCCCUCACGCGAGGAAAACGCCGGGCGUGUUCCUCCUCCCGCCGUGAAAAAGAAAAGCCCUUUGGGGGGUUUGGUGCAUCACUGAAUUUGUCUAAAAAGGCAUCUCUCUCGUACGUCCCCGCAGCGCGGUUCGGAAGCCGCGGUUACCGCCGCCCCGGGUUUCCCGUCGUGUUGAUUUGACAGGUGUUGUUUUUCGGAGGUAACGCUGGCGCACACCCUCACCCCCUCCCAGCGCUCCCAGCGGGGCCGGCAGCGCGCGGGUCCGUUCCCGGUCCCCCCCCCCGAGGUUUCAGUGCCAUCCCGCUGAAUCCCUCGUCACGUAAAUUCUACACCUGGCGAUAUAAAUUCUCUGCCCGGAGGGAGAAUGUAUACAAUUACCUGUUUAGGAGAUUGAGGAAAGACUUGGAAAAUUCUUUGUCAUUUCUUAAGAACUGGAUAUUAUAACGUGAUGGGGCUUUUCCAGCCUUUGGGCAACCAGCUCCUUUCCCUCUGAAACGAGCGGGAUUUUUAUUCAGCGCCAGGUUCUCCCGAUAACCUGGUACCCACCUUUGAAAGGGUUUUUGUGCAGUACGCGUUAAAGGAUCCAAUCAGAUAUUUAUGAUCAAUUGUACUGGUUUUUUAGAGUGGCACAGCGUGCACGUGGACCGGCUGUUUUCCCAUCCAACCAUUACCUGGUUCUUUUUUUAAAUCUGUUGAGAAAUUUAUCUCCAACCAGACUGUUGAUCGCUCUUAGUCUGGACCCACCUGCACGCUGCACGGCCGCGCUUGGUCUGAACCGCGUUACCUGUUCAUGUCAUUAACCGUAACAAGAAGAGUUGGGGAGGCAGGGGUGGGAACCAAGAGGGUAAUCUGGACUGUAGUUUGGGUACUAAAAAUACUCGAUCUGUUUUAACUUAAAAAAAAAAAAAGAAAAAAAAAAUAGAAGCUUGCACCAAAGUCACCAAAGAACCUUUAGGAAAAUGUUACGAUUGUGACAGGAAGUAAGAAAGUUAAUUUCACUGUUUUAGGUGAUUCCCCCUUUAGGCAAAACCACACGUAGCAGUCAGAGCAACCGAGCCGCUGGCCUCGGGUCGCAAAGCCCCGUCCGUUUCUGGGCAGAUUGCUCCUUCGGGUCCUUUCGCAGCUCUGGGCGAGAACAGCUCAGGGACCUGGUGGACCAGCUGGAGGUUCACGGGGCUCCCCGUUCAUCCUCGCCCUUAGGGCUUUGGUCCCAGUGCUUUUAACAGGUCAAGUAAAGAAAAAAAAUAAUAAUGACUCUACAUCCGAUUAUUGGUGUGAAACCGGAAUUUAGGGACUGAGUCCUUGAUGCGUGCGCGAGCGCAUCGCUGACUGCUGCUGCCCGUCACAGUGCCUGGAGUGAAAAUUCACUUGUGUCCAACAAACCGGAGCUAUGAAUGUACAAACUUUUCACGCUCGCCUUCCCCUUCGUGUUUCAUCCCCGUCCUCCCCGUCCCGGCCGCCUUUGCCUCGAGGGCUCGGGAAAGCUCCUGUGCUGGCAUUUGCCCGAGAUAAGCGCGUGUGCUGUCUGUGAUCGCGCCUUCCCCGUGUCCCCUGGUGUUGGUGAGGAAAGUACUUGCGACGGGCAAAGAGAUUGGAAAGGGACAGUUUCUUCACCGUUUUGAAAGAAAACAAAAACAAUAAAGAAGUGCAAUGGCUUUUCUUACUGCUGCCCACUCGGCGUUUUGGCUGAAGGGCGGUGCAGCGCAGCCUGGCUCCAUCUGAGGCUGCCAGCAGCGUGCGUUUAAAGCGUUGGUUUUUUAAUAAUCUUUUAUCCUGUGUUAAUUAAUUGGCCUUCCUCUGGCGUUAGUUCAUUGUAAGUACUCCCCAGGAAUCGCUGCUGGCACGCGGGCAUCCCGCCGAUCCGCAGACGCGGUUGUUCCCCGGCACGGGACGCACCUGCGGAUCCGCACCCGCAUCGGCAUCUUCGCGGCGGUGGCCGGCGGGUGAACUGCCGGCGGCGGGUUCCUGGGAAGCGCCGGCGUUUGCAGGCCUCGUCGUUGGAGGGUGAUACACGCUCGGAACGUAGCAAUGCAAGGCGGUGACGCUGAGAUUCGGAAACGGGUUCCGCGUCGUUGUGUGUGCACGAAGGGCCCAGCGAGGUGCCCUGGGAGCGCUGAAUCCCGCGUGCGUUUUAAGUGUUCGUUCCUGGUGCCCUGUACAUCUGAUGUACAUCUGAUGUACAGAUGUACUGCCGUGUCCCUUAAACUUGAGCAAACACAAGCUUAUUUGCACUAGAAAGAACGGCCAAAAACAAUCCUUAGGAGGACAGGGUGGGCAGCACCAGUCUGAACCUCUUUUUUUGUUUUUCUCAUGAGAGAAUUCCCUGUGAAAAGCCCUCACCUCUAUUUCAAAAAUUGUAUGGUCCCAGCAGAAAGUCUGUCAGUUCAAUAAUUAAAUCAUAAUGCACUUUAUAUUGUGUAAAUAAUAGACUAGGAGCACAUGUCUGCUCCCGCUCUGGUAGGGGGAUGCUUCGCUCACGCUGAAAGAAGCCGUCUCCUAUUUUAAGGAUCCUCUCAAACCACCAAGAGUGGGAUUGUUGGGUUGUUUUCAUUAUUUCCAGUUUGGAUCUGCAGAGCUGCUGAGCGCCCCCAGCUCCGCCGCCGCCGCGGCCCCUCGUCCCAUCUGCAAAUCGAGGCCCCAGCAGCGCCGUCGAGGCUUCAGCCCGAGUUUUCCACACAGAACCUCGACAAGGCCAAGUUUGGCAGCUCCCGUGUGCUGGGGCGGUCCCUAAAAGAGCUGAUCCGGUAGGGGAUCCCCUGCCUUGCAGCCGGGGGGGUGUGUUGAGUCCAGCCCAUCGAGCCGGCUUUCUCGUUAAGUUACAGAGGCUGGGGUGCGCUAACGAAGGGUCAAUGCAGCGAGGGCGUCCCAUCUUGGUGAUGGGCUUUACCCAGCGAGAAGCUGCAGUGGCUGUUGGUAAUUUACUCGUCGUCGUAAGUGUUUCUUAUCUGUAUCCGAUAUAUACCAAUUCAUAUUCACAUAUAGGCAUUAAUGUAUUUAUGUGAGUAUAUCGUAGCCUGAAGUAGCUCGUAGCAAAAUAAUCUUAUUUAUCUCAAGUACGCGGUCUAGAGAAGGAGCAGUUUUCUCCUACUACCGGUCUGGAUAAAAGCCUUAUUCCACCCAGGGCUGGUUAUGUGCUGUUUAUCGCGGCAUUUUUAGGAUUUCUGCCUUUAAGCGCUGUCGUUCCGUAGGUUUUCAGCAAGGUCGCGAGGGAAAACUGAGGCAAAAGAAGGCAAAACUUCCUCGGAGGCGUCACUGAGCCGUAGGUGAGCAGGAGCAAUAGGUGAGCAGGAGCCGUAGGUGAGCAGGAGCCGUACAUGAGCAGGAGCCGUAGGUGAGCAGGAGCUGUAGGUGAGCAGGAGCAAUAGGUGAGCAGGAGCCGUACGUGAGCAGGAGCUGCGGGCGCCGCGUUUCGGUGCCGUUUCACCGUCCCCUGGCUCUGCAGACCUGUACUGUCAUGUUCGUAAAGCCCAAGUACUAAAAAACCCAUCCUUUAUACAAAAAAUAACCCCACGCAAUUACAAAAAUCAAUGUCAGCAUGCUUUUCUUUCCUGCUAAAGACGUCAUUAUAAUGAUUGCAUCAUUUUUGUUUUCCCUGUAUCCUACUGACGUGAGCUGACCUGGCGGGGAAGGGGGUUGGCAGCGGUUAUGACACCUACUGCUCGCUUGGCUCGCGGCCCUUUUGUCAACUGUUGUCAUUUUUAUAGCAGAAAAAAAGUUUAUUAUUGUGUAUUUUUAUUGGGCAGAUUUUGCACUUGGUCUAAAAUUAAUUAUUAAGCAGUUUUAGUCCCACGGCAUCCCUGCGUUUUGCUGUGCGUACAUUAUAUUUAGAUACAAUUUAUAAAAUCGUUGUUAAAGAAAAGCGUACCUCCCAUUUAAUUUUCUAUGCUGUUUCCAUCCAAAAUUAAAAUGCCCUUUCUUUUUCAUUACUUCCGAUGUUGUGAUGUCUAAAGUUCACCAUUCCCCCCUGCCUUGGUCUCGGUAGCAGUGAAACCUGCGUGGUCUCGGUUGCCCUCCUGCAGUUCGCUGUCGCUUCGCCCAUCGGGGCUGCGGGUGUUUUGGGGUGAUGCAGUGCUGCCCCAAAAUGGCCAAAUUCUGUUGUGAGCACCGGGAGAAAAGCCCCUGCCAGGGGACAGGCUGGUUUGGGACUCAGGUAUUUUGGAAAAGCUAAAGCCGGGUCAUUCGCCUCUCUGUUCCUCCAAAAUCCGCAGAAGCUUUCACGGGCUGACACCGAUUCUUCUUCCCAACAUCUUGUGGCGCCCGUGUCCAGUUCCCCGCCCACGCCUCCUAAAGGCAACGAUAUUUCAUGACAAAAUAUCGAGGUAAAACAAAAUAUCAGGAACUCCUGAUAUGGACAUGGAGUAAAAAAUUGGUUCUCCAGAAAUGUCAAAGCGUGAAUUGAGGUUUUAGGAUCCAGCCAUCGUUUUGGCAUUUCUGUGACGGACGUAAUUAGAUUGCUCCUUCCGUGCGCCGAGGCGUCGUGUGGAAUGUACGUGUACGUUAACUUCUCGAAAGGUAUAAGCUGGAUUCACCUCCUGGCUUUUCCUCUGGUUGGCUGCGUUUUGUGUCUGUGCUGUAUGCACAAGUACCGGCUGAGCCGCCACGUCCCUGCCCCCCGCCCCGAUCAAACCCUCAUUAACACCUUGCUAACUCAUCUUCCUGUCCGAUGGGCUACCUCAAACCGUGCGGAAAUCGCGAGUUGUAAAAGGCAUGUUCCAUCUUUUAGGCGUUUGAGAGCUGUCCUGCACACCGGCGUUUGGGGGGGUGGAUAACGGUCCUGGCGGAGCUGCUGCUGGGAAAUUGCUGAACAGCGCUGGGGGCAGUCCAGCCCGUAGGCAGAGCCCGUUUGACUGGAGCUGUUUCUUCGUCUUGGUAAUUCCCCAGGCGGAGAUUAAUUGGAGGAAAAGACGGCCCAUCGAGUCGGAUGCUGGGAGACGGCUGAAGGUAAAACUCUGCCCAGCCCCCCCAGUGCUGUGCUGAUACAGCACCUAUGAGUUUGUGAGUGUAUGACACACAAACUAACGUAGCGAGAUGGAGAGAGGAAUAUUUUAAAAAUACAUAUGCAUAUCUAUAUUAAAAAUAGUAUUUUUUUCCCAUUUCAAAUAAGUCCUUAGUUUUCAAGACACUGAGAUUUUAGCUGUUGUCUUUCCUGUUUUCCUUAUCAGAGGUGUCCGAUGUGCAAUAGGAGCAGGGAGACAGAUUCCUGAAGCAAUAUCAGCGCACUGUACCGCUCGCGUUCAGUCUUUACGCUACACAUCGCCUGCAACGGAAUCUGCAUUUCCAAACAGCAGCCGGCGCGUGCGAUGAAAGGCCGGGCUUAACCUCGGGCUCUUACCCGGAUUCCGUCUGGUUCCAAGCGCCUGUUGGCAGGAGGCAGAGGGACAGCGGGGUAAAACCAGAGAGGAGCGCUUCCCAGCCGGGCUCGGGAACCCAAAGGCAGGAGGGGGCGGAGGAUUCACGCUCCGGGGAAUCUCCCAGCACGGCGAUGGUUUGAUCCGCAACACGUCGUGUCCACGGGGCAGCUGCUCUUUGCAGAAGAAAAGGAUCGGCAGAGGCUGGAGGGGAUCAGGGGGAUCAGAGGGAUCAGAGGAUGGGCCGCCUGGGAAAGGGGCUUUCAAGAACCAAACUCCGCGCCCGUCUUUGCCCAGGGCUUCGUGUCAUUUUCAACAAGGCUCUUUGCAGAUGGUCACUGCUUGUCGCGCCUCCGUUUUCCCGCGCUGUGGUACUCAGGUCUGAUGUACAGCAGCGGUGAUGUUAACGGGUGCUGAAAGCUGCGCUGGAGUGAGGGAAGUGCCGUAAUAACUGCAAAAACUCGGGAAAAUCUGUCAGCAUCUCAAGCUGGGUCUCCUGAUAGCGGGGGCUGGAUACCUGUGGCUUUAUUCUGCCCGUGCUGCUGUUCGCCGCUGAUAAAACGGGGCGAACGCUGCCUCCCGACCUCGAGGGGCUGUGAUGAGUUCAUUUGGCGUUAGGGCUUUUGUGAUGUUCUGAUGCUGAUUGAUCCUGAUGGUUCUGAAAGCAAAAUAAGAAGAAAUUUGGUGUGAAACAUACUGAAUAGGUAGUAUGUGGUGUUUGGAAGGUAUGCAUAGGUAAGGCUUGGAUUACAUAGAGAGUGAUGAAUGAAAAAGAAACAUAUACGCUAGAGGAGGAAGGAAAGUUGGAAGAGAUUGUGUAAUUAAGCUCUCUAUACAGUCGGAAUUAAGGUUGUGCAUAUAAACAUUACUUCUGGCACUUGCUCACCUUUGGUUGCUCAGUUUUGCAGCUGUUUUUGCUCUGCUGUUUUGUGUAAGGCUGUACUGGUGUCUCGACUUCUUGAAAAAACGCUGGGUUGCUCGAUAAAUUUGGGGUUCGAUCCUGAAGGGAGUCUCGCAAGCCUUGCCAGGACUCCUGCGCCUCCGGCUUUCCUCCAAGGGUACGUUUCAAGGUCCACACAACGAAAAAGCUUCUGUAUUCUUCCCAAGCUGAACAACCUGGAAAAGCCUCCAGUGCUGGAUAUUCCUCCCUCCCCACCGCACUCGCCCCCAGGCCCUUUUCCGGCUGCCCACCCCUGUUUUGUUUCCCCAGCUUCCAUCUGGCUCUGUCGCGUUUUGCCUUGUAGGCGAGAGGCCGUGCUCUCCAGGGGAGUUACCGAAACAGUUUGUUCCCGUCCUUGCUGCAGCCCUUUUACAUAAUUAAAGGCUGUUGUCAGGUCUCUUCUGCAUCCUUUUCUAAGCAAAUACAAAGCCUUCCAGCAGGGUAAUUUUUAGCCCUCGUCGUGUUCUUGUUGCUUUCUGAUCAGUCCGUCUUCUUCUUGAACCCAGAAUUAAAGAAUCCGGAAUCGGGAGACGUGCUUUGGCUGCCGUCUUACCAGCUUGGAGUGGAAGGAUUGCGAGCGACACCGGGCUUUGUAGCUCCAGUAUGCUGGUUUUUGACACGGAGUCCUGCAUUAUCCUGACCAAGCUGCACCUCGUCUCUUCUCAGAUUCCUCCUUGAGUUCGCCAAGAUCAUUCUCAGUUCUAACCCUGUGCCGUCUGCAAGGUAGAUAAUUGUGGUCCGUCAUCACAUCUUUGGUUCAAAUACGGAAGAGGGCAGGAUCCUCAUUGGGAUCCACUUGAUACGUCCUUCCAGAUUGACUGGAAUACCAAUUAAACAGGCUAAUUGUACAAAUCACCACCUGUUCUUCCUUGAGGCUGUGAGUUUUUUCCAGCUGCUGAUUUCUAUUUCUCUCCGCUUUUCUCAGUAGGCUCUAUAGAAUCUAAACAGCCAUUCUUGCUCUUGUUUAGGAGUUUUAGAGAAUCUGGACUAUUAAUAUACCAGAGCACACGUUUUCCACAAAGCUUGGCAAUAGAAAUCUUUGCUGUACGUGGUGGGGCUGCAGAAUCCUGGCUCAUUCGUGCCUCCGCUUCUUCCUCAGCCCAUCAACACGCGUCCUCCUAAAGAUUAAAUAUUCUUCUAAAUACUAAAUAUCACGGCACCCUCCCUAUAGUCACAAAAGAAGCACGAACAAGAUACCUGUUCAAACGCAAACAUCAAGAAUUCGUCGAGUGACAAUAUAAGCUCCCUAAGCCGGUUUGUUUGGAAAUCUGGGCUUUCCCUUUCCACAUCUCCAAGAACUGUCACAGAAAAGUGUUCUCGUCGUGCAGUAGUGUCCAUGGUCACCAAAAUGUUUACAUGAACUUUGCUAGCUUUAACUACAUUUUUGUGUCUAAAUUGGCAUUCUCCCUGCAUAUUCUGCUUCUCCCGUUUCCUCUCCUGACAUGGAUGUUCGUGCUCGUGCCCCAUCUUUCCCCCCUUGCGUUACAUUUCUGGACUCUCUGAUUUUCUGCAGCACUAGUUCUGUAUGGCCGUGACUCGCCUCUCAAAAACGUGGAUCUUAAAGCAAAACCGGCCAGCACCUGAAUUUUGGUUUUCCAUGAUCCUUCCAGCAGUGAAACACUCGGCAGAGGAAGAGCUCCUUCUGCGUUAAACCACUCAGAGCAUCGCGUCAUUAGCGGGACCUGGAAAACAACAUAACGACCUGGUGUUUGAGCAGCAUUUCCAAUGGACAGGGCGUGACUGUGGGUUUCCAAGGUUUGGCCAGGAGAGGUGUUUCGGAAUCUUGUCGUGGGUCAUCUCAACGUGCUGAGGGUGGUAAGUCCCCAGCGCUGCUCUGCGUGGGAGAUGGAGCAAUGUCGUGGCUGCGGUGCAGUCCCCACGUCAGCGAGACACUCGGCGUUUGCAUUAACUGCAUCAAAACCCCUGGGGUUUUUUGGGUUUUGUUUUUAUUCCUUUUUCCAACUCCAGAAGCUCCCGCCGCUCUGAAAGUGAAUUGGAUUUUCCUUUCUACCGCAAGGCGGUCUGACAAUUCGGCGUCGGUGUAACGACGAGUUCCUCCUGCUCCGUGCAGGCUCCCACACCGCGCUCUCAUCGCUCCACACGGACAUCCAGCACCUUCCAGAAGCGCCUUUAAGCAUCUGUCUCGCAUCUGCCACGCCACAGCGGCUCUUUCAUCCCUCCCCUUCCGCGGGGAGAGGCUGAACGUGCCAACGCCAAACUGGUGUUUUUACCAGAGGUCAAUCACCCCGCUGCUCUGUACUAAUGAAGCACAUCACUUGCCAGCAGCUGCACAUCCCCACGGCUUCGCAGCGCAGCAGCAAAACAGAGGGCUCGGGGGGGGGCAAAAUGGGGCGUUUGCAUGGCUGCCACCGCCCGGCAGGUCAGCGGUGUUGAGCAGGAGCGCUGGUGUCUCUGGAGUUUCCCCUCUGCCCGCUGCUGCUGUGCAAAUGGUGAGUUUUGCUCCGCACGCAGCCAUGCAGAGUUUGCUCUGCGGCCGCGUGGCUGGGAACAGCCUGGUGGCAACAGACUCGUUCUUCCCCAAAAAGCUCGCGGGGGAAUGCGGGGCCAGAGGCCGCCCGUACAUUCGGCUGGUGGAGCAGUUCCCGGGUUCACUGGAGCUCUGCGCGCGGUGCACAGCUGAAUCGCUGAUUCGCCUGAGGAGCACCCACCAUCGCGGCUGCUGCGUUUCCUCCGGAGUUUUGGACACGCACAAGGUCUUUAUAGCGCUGAUCAGAAGAGGUAGUUGCGAAGGAACCGAGCGGCCUCCGGCGAUGGUCUGCUUGCCGAGACGCCAACAGACCCCGAGCAGAGUUUGAGAACUGCAGCAUUGUGCUGUUCCCAUUUUUUGAUGAUUUUUUCCCAGCUGUGUGCUGCAGCGGGGAUGAGCAGAGCCCGUUGAUAACCAAGAACAUCCUCAAGCUGAGUUAAUCCAUGCCGAACGCUUUUCUUCUCUCUUCGCCUUUCCGGGGGGUGCAGGAUUAUACCGGGUGAGUCCUGCAGUCCGCAGGGGAUUUUGGGGCAGACUGCCCUGUUUCUCCAGGCUCUGAUGUGAUCCCAGGGGACCAACUCAACCCUACAACUUUUUCUGAUUAAGCUGUUUAUGCUUGUAGCUUCUCAGUGCUCUCUGGCAAGUGAAUUUCGUCAACUGGUUUCAAUUCAACAUGUCCAUCUUCCAUGCCACCCACCCCUAAUCAUCAAAAAUCGUUUUGCUGUCAAGUUCUCUAAAGCUGUAGCGUCUCCCCUCUUGAUGUGAUCGCUUUUCUCUCUGAGAUACAGAAGGUUUUGCUGGACCCUUCCCGAAGGUUACGUGCCCAUCACUCUAUAGUUAGUGGUGAAAUUGUUUAAUUUGAGCAUUUUUAAUAAUCCCGCCCGUGCUGGUAAGAUUAGGGAAGGUUUUUUUGGUGCGAACACUUGAUUUUAAAGCUGAGAAUAGGCACCGUGUUUGAGAGGGUGAACUAAACCCCGUGCCUCUUACCUCAGGGUGUACCCGUUAAACUGCCGCUUUAUUUCUUGCAGCAGGGGCAGCAGCACCUGCAGACGUUUGUUCGGCUCCGUGUGCAGGGUUGUUUUCCCCCCGCUUUGCUCUCAGGGCUGGUCGUGCCGUUCCCUUUCCCAGUGUGACCUCUAAGAGUGGUCACCAGUCUGGUUCCUGUCUCAUGGCUGACCUGGCCCAAAAGCCCUAAAUUGGGUUUUUCCUGAGUUUACCACCUUUUAUUUUUUUGAACCCUUUCUUAUGAACCUCUCUGGAAGGGUUGUGCAAUGCCCAAAGGAUCCUCGGUUCCCUCCAUCCCCGUGCGUUUCUAACCGCUGCGACCGCAGUAGGACAGAAGGAUGUGUAACCGGUUUUAUUCUUCCCCGGCGUUUGUUUCCCCCGUGUGUGUUUUGAUCUGCUCUGCCCUCCACCGCUCCCGUUCUGCAGCUCCAGUCUGCUCCUGCAGCCCCACGCGGGCGGUGGAGCUCCGCUUGGUGUUCACUGCAGGCUUGGGUGAUCCUGCAGCCAAGGAGCAGUUAUUUAACCACCCGGCCAUUCGUCCGCUCUGUCAUCGCUCCCCUGGGCUGCGCAGACCAGUUACCUGGGGCAGAUUUGAUCACAGAAUCAUGGAAUCACUUUGGUUGGAAGAGACCCUCAAGAUCAUCGAGUCCAACCAUAACCCAGCCCUGUCCGUGCCCCAUGUCCUGAGAACCUCAUGUCCGUCUGUCCAGCCCUCCAGGGCUGGUGACUCCAGCACUGCCCUGGGCAGCCUGUUCAAUGCCCCACAGCCCUUUGGGGAAGAACUUGUUCCCCAGAUCCGACCUCAGCCUCCCCUGGCGCAGCUUGAGUCCAUCAUGCUCUUGUUGUAGAUGACCCAUUUCCUCCUACCAACCACCGUGCAACAUCUCACUUGUGGCCAACAUGUGGCAGCUUCCCCAGGGACGAGCUUCACUGCAUCUGCUGCAAGUGUCGCUCUGAGCUUGGACUCUUGUUUCUCCCCACAACUGGAUCCUUUGUUCUGUGUAACCUUAAUUUUGUUCCGCUGAACGCAGAAGUAGGCUGCGGUCUGGAAUUGCGUCUCAAGCUGAACAUUACCAGGAUUUCACCCUCCCCGCGACAUUGAAAGUGGUUGCGGAAUAAUGAGAGUCGCUUUCUUUUUCUCUGCAUGCAUAACAACAAGGUGCUUCCACAUCAGUUUGGGAAUCAAUCCGUGGGUUUGGUGUGGGUGAGCAAAUCCAGGUAGGUGGGAUGAGCGUACCCACAGCAAAGGUGGGACCUAGAUGUCGAGAUAAGAGCUGUUCCUCUGCCAAGUCUUCCAUCUCUUUCACAGUUCUGCGCUAGCUCCGCUUGUGUGUUAUCUCGAGGAAGGCAUAUUACAGAGACUUUUCUUUUAAAAACAGUCACUUCAUCUGGCAGUGCGUGUUUUGUGCUGCUGUGUGCACCCACCUGAGCAAACCCACCAUCCACAGGGUCAGGCUCCCCCCUUACCCCUCCCUGCAAACUGCUUUUCUCACCUCUUUUCUGCCCUCGGGACACCCCCUCUGCAGCAGGGGGAACCUCCCUAAACGCGCUCAGCCCUUUCUUUUGCAGCCCACAGCCUCGGCGCUUUGCAGCAGCAGCCCACGGCUUCUGAAAGCUUCUUGCCUUCCCUGAGAGGAUCCAAGAAUGGGGAGGGACUGCAGCUCCAAGCCUGGCAAAGAUACAGCCUUCUUUUGCUGCCUAACCCAGAAAGGAGGAGAUGUCACCUCCAAAAUAUUCCUGCAAGCCCCCCACAAAGAGAGGAAUGGGCUGUUUUGGAAGGUGCGGGGGGGCUCUGGGGUGGCCUGGUCUACCCUGCGUUGUCUGCCUCCAGACCUCCCGAGACAGGCUCUUCAUUGCCCUCCAGAGAGGUGCCACCUUCUCUGCGCGGCGGGAGGAGAUGGAGAGAGCACCGAUCUUCUCAACCUCCUCGGGCUCUCGAGAACAUGAGGUUUGUUCUCCUCCAUCCCGCAGCCCUUGAGCUGUUGCACGAAGCCCUGGAGCUGCUUCUCCGGUUGUUCCAAACCAACGCCGACCCCUUCCCCUCGGUGGGGCUGAAGAUGCUGUGCAGAAGGAGGCCAAGUGUGGCCAAUACGUGGGUAUUUCUGCUUGCCGCAGCCUAAACAUCAACCUUCUCCAGGCUUCCAAGGGCUUCCUGCCUUUCUAGCUCAUUUUCUAGACAAAUUAAAAUCAGUAGUUUUGUCCCAGCCAUACCUGGAGAGCUCUCUCUUGCCCGUGAAGGAGUUUUUUCCCUCUCCCUUGAAUUUUGUCUGCACGCAGAAAUUCAUGUGAAAUGAGCGUCGUGAUAUGGGGAAUGGGGAGAGCAGAGCAGAGCGUUCCUCUGGAUAGGGCUUGAUGCAGUUUACAGCAGCUUGUAGAAGAUUGGCUGGAAGGUAACCUGAUUUGGGCUAAAAAAGCUGGUGCUGUUAAACCGUGUUAGUGAUUCUUUAGUAGACGGUCCAAAAUAGCUUUUUUGUGACCUCUGACAUACAGAAAAGAUAACCACGUUUUUGAUCUCAGAUUGAAGAAGCAGUUUGUGCUGGAAGAAAACUUAACGUUCUUUAGAAACCAUCUCGGGAUGGCAUUUGCUGUCAGAAACAUUGCAUGGGGAACGUAAAGCAAACCAACCAGAACUCACAGGUCUGGAUCCACGCGAGGCGGGUGUGCGGAGCGCUGCCACGCUGCACUCGGGCUGGAUUCCAGCCGUGAUCCUCCCUCCUGACCGCACUGAAGACGGGAAAUUUCCGAUAGCCGCCGCGUGUUUCGGGGGCAGUCCUUGGUCACCGGCUGUUGUCUAGGAUGCUGUUGUCUUGGAUGCAGAAAAGAAAACCAUAUUUCUGGUUCAAUUUCAAAUUAGGGGGCUGUUUUCUGCCAAGCUGGCCCCCCCGCCGCUUCAACUGUGCGUUAUUCUCUUUCUCUUUCCGCCGGUCCUGUUACACGCCGCUCAACAGCUGCUGCAUUUAAUCCCAGAAGCUGUAGCUGGUAGCGAGCAAAGUGAUCUCCAUAUAACCUCUCUCGUGCUCAUAAGUGUGCAUUAUGAAGCUUAACCGACGGUAAUAAAAUGUUUUGCUUUCAACGCGCGGUCCCCGCGGCCCAAUGUUCCCGUCUUCAGGCCCCGUCGUUGCGGCAGCGUGAUGGAUCCGAGUUCUGCUGCUGCCCCCCAGGAGUGCCGCUCGUAACUGUGGCCGCGGGCACCGCUGCCUGGCAAUGCGCGCGGAGCCCAGCGCGGACGGGCGGAGACGCCCAGCACAGCCUCGCGGGGCUGCCGGUGGCGUCCCCAGGGGUUAACAGAGGCCCCCGUGAAUACAUUCGUCAUGUACGCUUUGCUCCCCUGGAUGCGUUUGCUCUUUGGCAAAGAUUUUCUCCUGAUGGCCAAGGAGGACACUUCUCCGUCAGACGGUCACAGCGCCAGGUGGGGGCGAAGCCCCCUCGAGGACUGCGGUGGCACGCGGGGGAACAGAAACAGAGGCGUGUCUGCAACCCGAGGGCUUUUUCAUCCCUUUCCCAACAGGUUCAUGGCUUUCUACGUUGUGGGUUUUUUUCCUUCUUGCGUGCAAAAAAGGGCAUUUUUACCUCGCCCGGCACGAUGGAUAUUUUUGUGCAGGGGGGAAAAAGACGCUUCUUGUCCACGUUGAAGUAGCCAUACAAAAGGCAGGAAGUCUGAAGCCUGUGCACUUGGAAUUUCAUUCUGCUUUACACAUCAUUGAUGCUUUUAUUGAAAGCAUCUUUUCCCGAUAAAUAAUUUAAAGGCCGUAUGAUUUUCCUUCUCUAAACGUAAAGCACGAAUUUCAAAGCAGGGAACUCCAAGCGUCACUUUUGUGGUGCAGCAGGUUGCAUUAGCCCUACAGCUCAUAUUUGUUAAACCAGAUGCGGUUUCCCGACCUUGAAGUCGACAGCAUUUGGUUUGGAAGCGGAAUUUCCCGGGCAGGGCCCCCCCAGAACAGCAGCAGUACAGCUGUGCACAUACAGCUGUUUUCGAGCAAUGACAACGCAGCCUUUUUCUGGAGAUUGCCAUUUUGUAGAUCAGCUGCUUCCCGAGCAGCCGCCGCGAGGACCACGAAAAGAUGGAUGAUUAUUCCUUCCCGGAAUCGUUCUUCCGCUGCGGGAUCUGCUUUUCGUCGUGGCAAUUUGCAUAGAAUUAAAAAUGGCCCCGCGUUCGGUUCGCGUUGCGCCUUGGCUACCGAGCCGCCUCGGAUCGCGCUUUCCUCGGCUCUGCGUGGGAAUCGCGUUAUUCACGAUACUCAUUCGCGCAGGCACCUGCAGGCUUCAACACAGCAAAAGCCUCGGCUUCGGGAAAAAAGACAUCGCUUCUAAUAAACCUCCAGUUUAGUUGGGUUUUGGAGACUGGAAAAGUCACCGAGAAUAUUUAGAUGAGAAUCUAGUGCUGCAGCUGAAGGAGGAUUUUAGAAGUGCCUGGAAAAGCCAGCGCUCAGGCUGCGGGUCAGGCCACGGGCUGGUGUGCAGCCUUUUCUCCCAGCAACCUGUGAUUCAUUUAUUGUAUUUUUUAAAAUGUAGCAGGGCUGCUGGUCCAGGUGAGGCCAGCACUGCGAGGAGCCCAGGCCAAGGGGCUCCUCCUGGCCUGUUCUUGGGACAAACUGAAGUGGCAAGAACACAACCUGACAUGAAAACACCCUGGUGAGAGCGGCGCGGGAAGCUCCUGUGCAACUGGAGGCAGUGCCCUCGCGUCAGAUCCAUCACCCUCUGCCACAACCGCUUGCCAAAUGUGAAAUGACCUGGAAAAUGAGGAAUGGUGCUACCGGAGUUUUCACGCUGGCAAAUUUUCCGAAGAUGCGAGGGCUGGGUUUGGUCUCGACGUCGAGGUCUGUGGUACAUAAACUAAAUAUUACCCGAGCGCCUACGUACAACAAGUGGUGAGAUUUGCCAGUCUUGCGAGAUUUCCCUAGCCCCUGGGUGCAUCCCCUGGCCUCCUUGUUUAAACAGCAGUGGCGAAAAUAAGUGACCUGGGUUUGACACUUUUCUUCUUUCCCCUCGGCACAUUAGUGUUCCCUGUUUCAGAAAAGCCGUCUCUAGUGUUUGUUCUCUCAUAAGGAAAAUAUUUGCAGCUUUACCUGAAGCACACCCAACAUACUCUGCCAAGUCCAGCAAGCCAGUACGUGGGUUUGGAAAAGAGCUUUCUCCAUUAAAAUAAAGUAAAUCAUCCCUGGCUCAGACACAGCAGCUGUUGCCUGGUAAAACCGGUGAGUUGACGGCCAUGGGAGACACUUGUGUUGCUCGAUCACCUUUUAUUGGCGUGCCUGCCGAAAUAUAGCGAGAAUGGGAAGUCCGGCUUUCCCCUUUUCUAUUUGGCACUUUCAUUUUGGGAGAAAAUGCCCCGGUUUUGGCAAGGGCCGAGCGGCUGGAAUAGCCCAUCGGGCAGCUGCGGGAAGCGCGUGUUGAGAAAAAGGGGAAAUCGGGAUGAAUUCCCAUUUUCCAGCCUCUUCCCAGGAGCGCGCUGGCCCAAAGUCCUUCUGCACUGUUUUCCUUCAUAGCAAUGGCGAUGGGUCGUUAGGAACGUCAGCGUUCACUAGGCCGCCUUCGUUGUCUUGUCCUCGCGUUAAUUGUCCUUUCACUGCUAGGGUGGCGAACAGAAACAAGCCAGCUUAACGCAUUAUCAGAUAGCUAAAAAACAAAGCGAAAAGACAAAGCAAACCGUGAAUAAAUAGGUGAAUAGGCUAAGUGUGAGAUUAAAGGAGGCAGGCUGUGGUGCGACUGCUCCGUGCAGUGCAGGAGGAAGCGUCGGCGCAGUUGUUGCACACCCUGGGCAGGUUUCCAGGCUUGCUUUCGCUAGACCUCCAGUAUCGUGUUGCGAAGCCUCGUGAAUAUUCCGAGAGACUCUUGGGGUUGGUUUUUUUCGGGUUUUGGUUUUGUUUCUUUUCGUAAGGUGUGUCCACUCGCUUUCUGAAUGGGUUUGUGAAAGUGCCAGAGUUCCUGGAGCUGUUCUGUAUCGUAAGCGAAAAGGUGUCAGUCGUUUGCUCGUGUGUGUCCACAGGCUGAGCCGUGCCGUCCCGCAUCCCCCGCCGUGCUGUGAUUUGAAGCACUCUUUGGUGUGGCAUGUGCAGUUGCAGUGCUGUCUGGUUUUUCGUUUCAGCCCCCGGCCCGUGUUCUCCCCGCGUUUUGGACACUGAACCAAACCACUCAGAAACUAGCACUUUAAGUACUAGUAGUCACUUUGCUCCUGACCGUACUGAGCACUGCACUUUUGUAAGUACUGUUAGCACUGAGUUUGAACCUUUAUUUCCCCCGCUCUAUUUAGCCCCUUAGGCACGUUGUUAAUUACUAUGGGGCCAUCAAAAGAUAUUUUUGAGGUGUACGUCACCGCUGUCUGGUGCCUGACUUCCAUCCCAUACCCCUUAGUGACUUUAUAGAUGAGGGAAUAAACCCAUCGAAGCUUAUUUCACACAACAGGACCAACAUCUGCGUGACCAACGUCCAGGCAGAUGUGGUCCUUGAAAACUUUGGGGUCGUCCGGAGACCCAACCGCAUGGCUUUGCAAAACACCAAAGAGAGAGGAGGAGUCUCAACAAGGGGUCGGGAUGGUGCAAGAUGGUCCGGUUUACACUGGGAAUGGCGCAGACUCGGAGCCAGGAGCGUAGGGCAGAGGCUCCGGGUUUCGGUGCUAAACCCUGGUCUGUGUGAGCAGGGGGGGCCGUGCAACAGCAGAGUUAAAACCGGCCCGAGAUGCCGGUGAAUUAAUAAAAACCGUGCCCAAACCAUUGCAAUAAAAGCCGUCAUUGUGCCUGUACUGCAAGUGCUGUUGAGAUUGAGCGUGGGCUUAAGCUACAAAAGGUGUUUGUACGUAAAAAAGACUUAGAGAAGAUUUAGAAGAUGGCGUGAGGAGCUGAGCAGGCCGCGUCUUAGGAGGCGAUUCAGACGCGUGUGAAGUUCCUGUACGGAUGGAGCUCCCCCGCCAGCAAGAAACCAGUAGUGGAGAGUCUGUCCCAACCGGUACACACAGCCCAGUUCUCUAGGAUCUAAACAGCGUGAUGAUCACUGGGGUGCAGAACAGUCCAGGUUUUGAUGUCCCAAACAGUCCCAGUGGUGUUUUGCUUCUUUAAAAGCCCCGGUGGGUUUUCCACAAUGGCAAAUAAGUUGUGAGAAAAUAGGUGUCUCGGCUUGGCUUGUGGCGAUGGAGCGUUUUUCCCGACCAGCUCCGGUUUCGGUGGCUGGUUUCGCUCGGGUUCGAUUCAAGCUUCCUUCUUCCAUAGACCGUCACGGGUUUGGGUAUUCAAUGGGAACGGAAGGUGGUUAAAAACGCCGCAAACCCUGGCCACAAGUAUUAUGCUCUUAGAUUCCCUAGCGUUUAACUGAAAAAUGGAAAUGGAAAUAAAAUCCAGACUUGUUUUCUUUCUUCUUUCCCCCCAGCCAAAUGAACCAUGCGAAUGUAGCUUUAGAGAAGCAGCGCCAGCGAUGUGGCUGCUCUGUCCGACCCCGAGCGGCGGGAGCCGAGCCCCGAACCCCUCGGGCACUCAGCACCCGCGUCCCGCUCAGCACCGCCUGGGGCAAACGGAAAACGGCAUUUCCAGUUCCGUUCCAUCUCAAAAUGUUUCCGUUUGGAAAAUUCGCUCCCCCAGCGAGCUCGUCGCUCUCCCUAAGCCCUUGGGAAUUAAACUCACAGGAAAGGGGGAUGUGGAACAGGUUUGGUUUUGUUUCUUGCCCCCGCAGGUGUAGUUUUUUGCCCAUUGGAGCCGGCGUCUCAUUCUUGGGGCACUGAGGCUCGAGCGUUUUCUCGCGAGGCCCGAACGCAAAGCCUUGCACGGCACCUCUUGCUUCGGAAGGGUCUUUUAGGCAGGAGAAAGCUUUCGUAGGGAUUUGUCAUGUUUGGGGUUUCAGACAGCUCACAGGAAAGCAUUGUAAUGGCACACGGGCCAUGAUUUACCGACCUUUGCUUUUCUCCAAGGGAGACUUUUUAAUUCGCCUCGAUAGUUCAUCUCCCUGAAAGUCCUUUCGGACCCGUGCAAAUGCCCUUGAAAUGAGUCAAGUUCAUUGAAAGCAGUUGUGCAUUGCAGGAAGCAGUCGUGAAACGCCACGCACCCGCGCACCUCUCCCUGUGCACGUGUGGACGUGCGCACACGUAAUACUGAUAUACUAUUUCCCCAGCUGUUCUUAUUUUUUGGGGGGAUGGUUUGGUUUUGGGUUCCCCCCUUCCCAGGAUAUUAUUAACCAAAAGGUGUUCUAAAGUCAUGGCAUGAAGACUCCUCAAUGUAAAUCUGAGUACCUUGUGAUGCGAAUUAACAGGUUUUUCCUGAAACUUUAUGUGAUGCUUAAUAUUUUUCUUAGGAAGUUUUGUUUAAUGUUAGAUCAUUGUUCUGGAGGAUGUUGGUCCUACUGGCAUUAAACUAAUGGAAAUAAAAUGCAUGUGUUACAAGUGUAGAAACGGUGAAGAAUUAAGUGUGAACUUACUGUACGAUGCUGAAUCUGUUUUCAAACAAUCUGUUUUGCUGUUCAAUAGUUGACAUAUGGAAAUGCCAAUGUACUGUAAUUUAGCACUUUUCCAAUGGACCCUGUUCUCACUAUGCCCGAGGGAAGAGGCGAUUUUGGCUUGGGGUCAUCAGGAUUCCACCUCUGGACCUUUUCUGUGUGUUUCGGCACCAGAAUCAGCCAGGGGGAGCUCAGAUUCGAGGUUUUCUCGUGGGUUCGGUGGCCGGCGCGGGGCGGAGGGGACAAUUUAGUGUUAACAGGGUGCAAAGUGUGACUUGUCCUGUACUGUACUGAAAGGGUUAAUUGGUCAGUGGCUGUAUUGUACUGUAUGAAAACUCAUGAAUUGCCUUGUAUUAUUUCCAAUGGACUGUCCCGUGUCCCCCGACCCGUCCCCGGGUUUCCCAGCGACGCGUGUGAUCUGUCAGGUCCUGCAGACUCUCUGGUGCUAAAACCUUCCCGUAUCCGAUGGUGCUCCUGCGGACGCUGGCGGACAACACGCGCACCCAGAGCUUGAACUCCACCACGUCCUUCCUGUCUGUUUGUAUGAAGUCCACACACACACACGCUCAUGAGAAAACAAACAAACAUGAUAAACUUGAAUUUGUCUCGAAGCAUCAUUGACAAUCUAAUGUUUUCUAUGUCUGCUUUUAUUUGGGAUGGCCUUUUCUCUAGAAAGCAGCGCGCUGGGAGGGGUUUGCUCCUGUUCACGCCGUGGUGGGCAGGUGCGGCUGCUCCGGCUGGGCCAUCGUUGGUCCAUCGGGAGCCAGCGAGGAGGAGGAGCUGCAGGUGCCUUCGGAUGAGCCCGACCCUAAAAAGCAGCCCGUGACCCCCCCGUCCAUAUGUAGGGAUGAACCUGCCACUUCCUUUGUGGCAAGAAUUGGCUUUAUUAUGAGGAUGGAGGCGGAAAAUUGGAGUCACGGGCAGCUCCCGAGGGCACCUCCAUCUCCUGCAGCGUCGCUCGCUGAGGAGCUGCCGCCCGAGCCCAAGGUCUGGCGGGUGACACACACGUCGGGCGGCGCGAACAGACCCAUCCCCUCCCAUCUCUCCCCAACGCGAGCUGCUUUCUGGACAAAAUAAAAUCUGACUAUAUUUUAUAUCGAUUUGAAAACGAAAGUCUGAUAUUUACCCCAUCCUCAACUGAAUUUGCAUAUUGUUGUUUGCCACGAUAUUUGUUCUGUCUUCAAAUAAAUUUGCUUACUUGUGUAGUCUUAA